AGUCCGGAGUGCCUAAUGUAAUACUGGUAUGAGCAGUCACUUUCAAAGAUGACAUCACAAGAUAAAUUUCUACUCAAGAUUGGCAAUAGGAUAGGUGACAAGUAUAGUGCUCUCGGCAUCCAGCUAGGCCUCAACAAUGCCGAUAUUUUCUACAUAAAAGGGAAUAAUCCCCAUAAUUCUGCACAAUGGGGAUAUGAUAUAUUAUCAACAUGGGCACAAAGACAACCAAACCAAAUGCCAUUACUAGCUGAAGCUCUUAGAAAUCAAGAGGUGGGCAGAGUUGAUCUUGCAGAAAUGGUGGAAGCAUACAUAGCUGGUGCCAAAACCCAUCUAGAUUAUAAAUAUUGCAAGGACCAUGGAGCUAGUAUAAAGAAAAUGGAAGCAGAAAUUCAAUAUCAAGGAGAUCAGAUACAUAACCUAAAAAAUCAAAAUAAGCAACUAGAAGUAGAUGUAGCCAAGGGUAAGAUGGCAUAUGAAACUAUGGAAUCUGAACAUGAGAACACAAAGUACACCUUGAGGCAGGCAGAACAAAGAAUAGUCUCAUUGGAACAAAAGACUGCAAGUUCUACAACAAAGGCUAAGCUAGAAACACAUCCAUCCUCAAAUAGGAUGCUCUCCCUAGAGUCUCCCUCAAUUAGCUUUAGCUACAUCGAGGACGACGACGGCGGCAACGACGGCGGCAACUACUACGGCGGCAACAACUACUACAUCGACUACAUCGUAGAUGCGGCAACCUUUGGCAAAGGUUGGCCAAAGCGAAGCCAUCCCAGAAGCAAGAGCAGUAAUUACAGGUCAUGAGCAAUGAUAGCAAUAGCAUUGAUCAUACCUUACUUGCCCUUCCCUUUCAUACCAAACACUGAAAGUUUAAUAGGUACUAAUCCUUUUUCAAAUAU